UCGCGCAUUCUACAACGAGCCUCCAAAACACGGUCCCAAAUUCAGUCACGAUUACCAUUUAACAAGCUUUCUGCUCCGUACAUCACAAGCAUCACAUGCAUAUCCCCGAAUGUAGAAAAGACCGCCAAUGUGGUGCUUGGGUGCACGCAACAGCAGCAGUACGGGCAGACAGACAGUGCACUCCGCAUGUGGAAUUCAUUCAUUUUCACCUCGCAGGAUUCUAUGUAUUUAUAUUUAUAAAAAUGGCGGACCUAGUGCUAAGAGAAUUGGAGGCUGCUGCACAAGUUAUCCUUGCAACUCCAAAUUUAGUAACACAGGAACAGCGACAGACAGCAGAAGCUGUUUUUCUUAAUUUUCGAAAGACAAAAUCUCCAUAUGAGCUAUGUCGAAAUAUUUUGGAAACUACUACAAUGGACUACGUCCUGUUCGAGGCUGCUGGUGUAAUCAAAAUUGCAAUGAUACGAGAAUGGGAUAUGUUGCAGCCAGCAGACAUAGCAUCAAUGAGACAAUAUUUAUUCCAUUAUAUUAUCAGUAAGCCAACUUUAGCUCCAUUUGUGAGAGAAAGAAUACUUCAAGUUAUUGCUAUCAUAGUUAAGAGAGGUAGUGUUGAAGAUUUGGGUGAAGAGAGAAAAGAAAUUUUGAAUCAAGUUGAAAAUCUUAUAAAAAGUGGUGAUCUUCCUAGACAAAUGUUGGGGUGUAGUAUUAUAUCAUCUCUUAUGCAAGAGUAUGCCACAACACUAAAAUCUUCUGAUGUUGGUUUAACAUGGGAGGUUCACUUUAAAGCAAAGAAGCAGUUUGAAGUUACAUGUCUCAAGAGAAUAUUCAAAUUUUGCUGUCAAGCUUUAAAUGAAUUUACUACAGAUGGUAUACCUGAAAACACCAUGUCUCUCAUAAAACAUUUGUUAUCAAUUUGCGAAAAUGUUCUUACAUGGGGAUUCAUCUAUGUUAAUCUUUCAAAGCGUUUGAUAGGUGUUUUUGAAUCAAUUUAUGAAACAGACACUUGUCCAACGCUGCGAUUAACGUCCCUAUGGCGUGAUGUUAUGCUGGAGCCAAUGAUUGUUCAAUUAUUCUUCCGUCUAUACUGGAAAGUAAGGACCAAUCCUUCACUAGCACAUCAUGCAAGAACUUGUUUGAUCCAAUUAGCUAGCUUGAAUGGAACUGUCUUCCAAAGUGAUGAUUGCAAAUUGCAAUAUGUAUCACGAUAUAUUGAAAAUUUCUUAGAACUGCUUCUAAGUAUUGAAAUAAUUGACCAUGAAGCAAUUGGAAUUUCAUUGAUCUUUAAAAAAUUGAACAAUUACUUCAAGCCAAAUAUUUUGAAUCUACCAGAAGCGUUCCGAAGGCAAUAUAUAGAAAAUAUGGUACGAGUCACUUGCGUUUUUGUUGAAGGUGCCUCUAAAGAAGAUGCAGGUGCUGAUGAUUGCAUGUUUACCGAAGGUUUAGAAAGUAUUCUGGAUGCAUGGACAAUUGUUCUCAUGGAAGCACCAAUAUUUCCGGGCGACCUUUGCCAACAAAGUGCACUGCAAAUAUUUAACUGUUAUUUAAAAUGCCAUUUAUCACCCCCGGACGGCUCGCGUGGAGCUGCCGGUAUACAAAAUGUUUCAGACACCCAAGAUAUAAUGAACGAUUUGGAAGAAAACGACAGAACCAAGUUCAAUUUAGAUCUAUUGUCAAUUGGUUUGUUCGGGAGACUGGUGCCAAAUCACGCGCUGCAGUUGCUCUCACGACUGCUCGAAGAUCGUACGAACAAGCUGAAAGAGCAUCUAAACCGUCUGGUCAAUCAAGCCAACUCUUUCGACAUGAACGAGCAAACGAUCGCGGACAAUCUUUACGAGGACCUUCACUGGCUCGUUCUCAUAGCCGGUCACGUGCUGUGCAUGGAAGCCGACGGGGAGACUCCUCUCAUACCGUCCGAAAUCAUGCGAUACAGCAUGAAUCAAAUACGAGAAGGCUCGAUGGACAUCAACGUGACGUUGCAACUGUUCGCCUCGCCGCAAUCGAACAUAAGCGACAUCGCGGGUGCCGAGCAAUCGGCCGACCACGUGAUACGACUGACGGCCGCCGUGUUUCGGCUGAGCGAAGUCACGAAAAUUGCCAUCAGUUACAACGCCGCCCAGCACUUGUCGCCCGAGCUGUGCAGCAGCAUCCUCUGGUUCAUGCAUCGAUGGGCUCUCAGCUAUCUCAUGAUAAAGGAGACCAACUACAAUGAAAUAAGCACGACGCUGCUCGAGGCCUGCGGCGAAGAAUCGCAAGGCUCUCCGUGGACCCUCAACUUUUUGGUGGACAAAAUUAUUUGUCACAUUCAGGCUUUCAAAGGCGAAGCAGCAGUUACCGAUGAAAUCCAUAAAUUACUGUUAUCAUUGGUUAAAGUUCCGAACAAAGCGAGUAUGAUAAUGAAAUGCGAACGUUUCGUCGAUUUAGUGACAUUGGCUAUUAAGAGCGAAGAUUUACCACAAUCAGUCAAACGUACAUUGAUACAAGCUAUUGUAGAAGUUGGCAUGGCACUGCCGUCCGAUGACCCAGAACGCAUGCAAGAAUAUUAUGGGCAAAUAUUAAUGCCGGUUCAAAAAAAGUUCACUGAUAUUAUUAAUCACGUCGAUUUUCCACGAACUUACCAUCAUGAAAUGAUCAAAGUUCAAAUAAUGGACGUUCUUGAAACUAUGGUUGGUGUCGCGGAAGGAGUUACAAGUAAUACAGUACACACUGUUUACCAAUACUGUGAACCAGUUCUAAAUGAAAUGCCGCGCAUGAUAAGCCUUUAUCACAAUUAUCAGCAAAUUGUUGACCUUAUACUUGAUUUAUUCCACAAAUGCUCGAAAAACAUGUUGUACUUCCUCCAUCAUACCGACGGCCUGUAUGGAAUAAUAGUACAACUUUUACAGAAUUAUGCUGCCAGCAAUGUGAACCGCGUCACAUCAGACACUACAGCCGAAGAAGAUGCGUUUCAAGACAUAUUACUCAUAAUGAAAAUGCUGACGAAUGUACUGAGCAAAGAUUUUAUUUCCUCUAGUACAUUAGGAAAUGAUGCACCGACUCAAAACUGUGAGCCUGUGACUGUCUUUCUGUAUGGUUUUAACUUCAUAAUGCCUAUGAUGACUAUUAAUUUAUUCAAAUUCCCUUCUUUAUGCCUCCAAUAUUUUAAAAUGAUAACUUACUUCUGCGAAAUGCACCCAAGACAAGUUUUCAGCUUACCUACGACAUUGCUUAAUCAGUUGUUAGCAUCGGUUGAACUCGGUCUUUAUUCUUACGGGCACGAAGUCACACUCCACUGCUGUGAUAUUAUUCAAGUUUUAGCUAAGCAUAUUUACAGUGAGGUAGAAAGUGGUCUGCCAAGAAAUAACGUACUGGCAGGAUUCAUGGGCUGCCUAAUGAAUUUAAUCAUUCAUCAUCAAAUCAACUCAGAUUUGAUAACGCACAUAAGCAUCCCGUUUUACUAUCUCAUAUGCUGCUACCAGGAUAAAUACCAACAAAUUGUGCAGACUCUAAUUAGCAAGCAGGCAGAUGCAACCACUGCUCAAAGAUUAGCUACGGCGUUCAACGAACUUACCGAAAACAUUGGACUUGAUGUUGGGCGUACACACAGACUUAAAUUCCGCGACAAUUUUGACAAAUUUAUAGUUAACGUGCAAGGCUUCCUCAUUGUAAAAUAACUUGCAGUCUCUUAAAUUUUCUUCCUCAUUGUAUAUUAACUUGGCAGUCUCUUGAACUUUAAUAUCAACUGUUUGUGAAAUUGAGUUUACAUUUGUUUCCUGGUUUGAUAUUUGAAUGACGUGAUUCGUAGGUAAUAAUGUCUCAUUAAUGUUGAAAUGUGUGUGAUCAUAAUGUUUAAUAUUAAGGAUCAACGCCAAAGUAGUGUAAUGAAUUUAAGAAUAUUUGCAAUUAAUAUUGCCGACGAUUUAAGUAUCUUGUACAUAGUUAUGAAUAUUUAAUGUGGAAAAAUGAAAUGCCUCGUUUGACAUUUCAUAAAAAUUCAAAUGACUUCGCGUGAAAGUAUGUACCUAUUUAAGAUUCAAACUUAAUCCAAUAAUAAACCAUACAAUUUUAUGUUUCACAGAAACUAACUUGCUUCCGUA